ACAUACACAAUUCCAAGCCUUCAAGCAUACCAUCAUCAUAAUCACCAUCUUCCUCAUCUCAGGUUUUGAGAAUUCCACCAUGGUUCCAAGUGAAAUCAGAGGGUUCCACUAUCCGGCGCCUGAAAAUCCCAUCUUAGUUCCUCCAAAUCUCGGCUUGUUUCAGCAUGGUGAUAUCCAAAACCAGAUUCACCUGAACACCCUCUUGAGCAAUUUGCCAAACUGCUACUUCCCUUCUGGUUCAGGAAGCCUUGAGUUUGUUCCUCCCCUUCCACUUGCUUCUUCAAGCUGCUGCCUCAGCAGCAACUCAACUUCUGAUGAAGCUGAUGAGAUUCAGCUCAGCAUCAUUGAUGAAAGAAGGCAGAGGCGAAUGAUAUCGAACCGAGAAUCUGCCAGGAGGUCCAGGAUGAGGAAGCAGAAGCACUUGGAUGAGCUGUGGUCACAGGUGGUGAGGCUCAGGAAUGAGAACCACAACCUCAUUGACAAACUCAACCAUGUGUCUGAGUCACAUGAUAGAGUUCUUCAGGAGAAUGCACGACUCAAGGAAGAAGCUUCUGAUCUUCGUCAACUGCUAGCUGACCUGAAAAUUAGCUCUUCUUUUGCCGACAGCAUGAGAGAUUUUGAUGAACUCAGAGCUGAGCUAUCAAACUAAUAUAUCACUUCUUUAAAAGCGGAGGCUUUUCUUGUUUUGUUUUCCCCCUUUUUCCGUACUGUAGAAAUAUACUGCUCUGCUGCUGCUUCUUCUAGCUUUGUGGUUUAUAUAAUCAUCAUCUUGCCUUGCCUCCAGAGCUGGUUGAGUUUACACACAGAUAUCCAAUAACAGCUCUUGAUGAAUUUUUCUUUUCUUGCUUUGUCCAUAGCAUGAGCAACAUAAAAUUUCACACUUAAGCCAAUAAUCCAAAAUAGUUACUAUGAACAUCACGCCGCAUACAAAUCAGGUGGAUUAUGCAGAAGAGUACUGUAAUGUGUACCUAUCAUAAAUUUUGUGGUGUCUCUAUCAUUUUCACAGCCCACCAACUUUUGCACCCAGUAUAUUCCAAGAAAAGCAGACACAAAUGAAAAUAGAGCGGAACCGAGGAAAACAAAGGGCCGAGAAUAAAAGAGUUUAAUCAAAAGGAAGAAAAACAGCCCACUUCUGCCAGGUCUAUUGUACAAUUUAGAGGGUAUGAAGGAAGAGAUUAGUCUUAGGACUGAGUUAUGCACGUGAAAAAGUUAAUAGAUGCUAUCGUCAGUCUGAAACAAGGCCCCAAAGGAGUGGUCCGUUGUUGUUGUUGUUGAAGGAAGAAACAGUACCAAUAAUAGGACAAAUGCUGGUGGAGAUUCCGGUGCUAGUGGCUCAUCAUACCAAUUCCUUUCAUGAGAAACAAAACACAUGAAAAGGGUAUGCACUAAAACUUAAAUCAAAAUAA